GUGUGUGUGUAUAUGUGUGUGUGUGUAAAAUGGAGAUAACGUUCAGGUCCUGGGGACGGGAGUAUCGAUGGCGAAGAGGGGAGGGGAAGGAAGAGAGCGAUCUGAAGAAAGGGGUAGAGAGAAUGAGGGAAAAAGCUGCUCUCCCGAAUAGGUUCUCCUUGAAGCGGGAGGGGCGGGGCGGGGCGAAUUUGGGGGCGGGGUCGGCCCGAGAAGCCUCCUCAUUGGCUAGGACGGGCCCGGUCGCCCGGGCUUGAGUGGGUAGCAAGCACGGUUGCGCGUUCGCCCGGUCGGGAGGGCGGGGCCGGAGGGUUCGAUUAGUUGCCACUGCCGCUGGGGAAGAGAAAACAGCGACGGCUGCGGCGGCUGUAGCGGUGGGAGUCCCCGCUUAAAGCCGGGACUGAGUGGGGAGGAAUCAUUUUAUGCUUCAAAAUUAGGACAAAUAUGUGAGAAUUUCCAUCAGCCAGCGUGGAUUUCUUUCGUCAAGCUCUUCGAAUACAACUCACUAUAUAACUUUCUCAGAUAACCUUCUCUGUGCCAUGUUCUGUGGCUUGCAUCAAAAGAGGAAUUUGUCUUCAUGAAGAUUCCUAACAUUGGUAAUGUGAUGAAUAAAUUUGAGAUCCUUGGGGUUGUAGGUGAAGGAGCCUAUGGGGUUGUACUAAAAUGCAGGCACAAGGAAACACAUGAAAUUGUGGCAAUCAAGAAAUUCAAGGACAGUGAAGAAAAUGAAGAAGUCAAGGAAACAACUUUACGAGAGCUUAAAAUGCUUCGAACUCUAAAACAGGAAAACAUAGUGGAGCUGAAAGAAGCUUUCCGAAGAAGAGGGAAAUUAUAUUUGGUGUUUGAAUAUGUUGAAAAAAAUAUGCUUGAAUUGCUAGAAGAAAUGCCAAAUGGAGUUCCACCUGAUAAAGUAAAAAGCUAUAUCUACCAGCUAAUUAAGGCAAUUCACUGGUGCCAUAAGAAUGAUAUUGUUCAUCGAGAUAUAAAACCGGAAAAUCUCUUAAUCAGCCAUAGUGACAUCCUGAAGCUGUGUGAUUUUGGUUUUGCCCGGAAUCUAUCAGAAGGCAACAAUGCUAAUUAUACAGAAUAUGUGGCCACCAGGUGGUACCGUUCCCCUGAACUAUUACUUGGAGCUCCCUAUGGAAAAUCUGUAGAUAUGUGGUCUGUGGGCUGUAUUCUUGGGGAGCUUAGUGAUGGGCAACCUUUAUUUCCUGGAGAAAGUGAAAUUGACCAACUUUUUACUAUUCAGAAGGUGCUAGGACCACUUCCAUCUGAGCAGAUGAAGCUCUUCUACAGCAAUCCUCGUUUCCAUGGGCUCCGGUUCCCAGCUGUUAAUCACCCCCAGUCUUUGGAGAGAAGAUAUCUAGGAAUUUUAAGUGGUGUUUUGCUUGACUUAAUGAAGAAUUUACUGAAGUUGGAUCCAGCAGACAGAUACUUGACAGAACAAUGUUUGAACCAUCCUUCAUUUCAAACCCAGAGACUCUUGGAUCGUUGUGGAACUUCACCUUCACGAUCAGCAAAGAGAAAACCAUACCAUGUUGAAAGCAACACAUUAUCUAAUAGAAAUCAAGCCAGUAAAAAUGCUGCUUUGCAGGCACAUCACCGAUCUAACAGUAAAGAUAUACAGAACCUAAGUGUUGGACUUCCACGGAAUGAAGAUGUUCUUCCAGCAAAUGAAAGCUUCCUCAAUGGAAACCUUUCUGCAGCUUCUCAUAGUCCCAUGCACACCAAACCCUAUCAAACAAGUAACCCACCGGGAUCUGCAAACAAAGAUCUCACCAAUAACAACAUUCCACAUCUUCUUAGCCCCAAAGAAACAAAAUCAAAAACAGAAUUUGAUUUCAAUAUUGACCAAAAGGCUUCUGAGGGCCCAGGCACAAAAUACCUUAAGUCAAACAGUAGGUCUCAGCAGAACCGACACUCGUUUAUGGAAAGUUCCCAAAGCAAAACUGGAACAUUACAGCCUGGUGAAAAGCAUGGACGGCAUAGCUACAUAGACACUAUUCCCCAGUCCUCUAAGAGUCCUUCUUAUAGGGCAAAGGCCAAAAGUCACGGGAUUCUGACUGAUUCCAAGUCUGUGAGUAACCUUUCUGAAGCCAGAGUUCAGAUUUCUGAUCCCAGUAGUGGCAGGUAUUUUCCAUCUAGCUGCCUAGACUUGAACUCUCCCACCAGCCCAACCCCUCCCAGGCACAGUGACAGUAGAACUUUACUUAGUCCUUCUGGGAGAACUAACCGAAGUGAGGGCACCCUGGACUCACGGCGAACAGCAACAAGACAUUCCAAAACAAUGGAGGAAUUGAAACUGCCCGACCACAUGGAUGGAAGCCAUUCACAUUCACUCUCUGCACCACAUGAAUCUUUUUCCUAUGGUCUAGGCUAUACCAGCCCUUUCUCUUCUCAGCAGCGGCCUCAUAGGCAUUCCAUGUACGUGACUCGGGACAAAGUGAGAGCGAAAGGCUCAGAUGGAGGCUUGAACAUAGGGCAAGGGAUGGCAGUCAGAGCCAACAGCCUUCAACUGUUAUCACCACAGCCAGGGGAACAGAUCCCUACCGAGCUAAGUGUAUCACGGUCUUCAGCUAAAGAAACUUCUCGAGAUGGUACAUCUUCAUUUCACUCACGGCAAAAAUCUGAGGGUGGAGCCUAUCAUGACCCCCACUCAGAUGAUGGAGCAGCCACAAAAGAAAACAGACAUCUGUAUAAUGAUCCUGUUCCAAGAAGAGUUGGUAGCUUCUACAGAGUUCCAUCUCCACGUCCGGAUAAUUCAUUCCAUGAAAAUAAUGUACCAUCCAGAGUUGCUUCUCUGCCAGCAGAGAGCAGCUCUGGGACGAACCACCCAAAAAGACAAACAACAUUUGAUCCGUGGAAAAGUCCUGAAAAUAUUAGUCAGGCUGAACAACUCAAGGAGAAGGAGAAGCAAGGCUUUUUUAGAUCCAUGAAAAAGAAAAAGAAGAAAGCUCAAACAACAGACUCCACCAACGGGGAGAAUCCAAGCAUCAAGAAAUCCCUCUUUCCUCUUUUUAAUUCAAAGAAUCCUUUAAAGCAUAGUUCUUCUUUGAAAAAGCUUCCUGUAGUCACUCUACCUAUGGUGCCCAAUUCGGAUAGUCAGGAUCUUCUGGCAUUACAGAAAGCCAUUCACUCGACUAAUCACCAAAGCAGCCGGCCAAAGGAGUGGCGACCUGAGAAGAUCUCAGAUCUUCAAGUUCAUAGUCAGCCAUUAAAAUCACUCCGUAAGCUGUUGCAUCUCUCUUCCGCCUCAAACCACUCCACUUCCUCAGAUCCGCGCUUUCAGGCCUUACCGAGUCAGCAAGCCAAAAGCUCCUUUUCCGAAGUGCGGAUUCACCCCAUGAGCCAAGCGUCCAGCAGCAGCAGCGGCGGCAGCAACGUGCGCGCGGAGGCCACUCCCAAGGCUCGGCCGACCCUGCAGCUGCCGGGUCAGCUGGAGCCGGGUUGGCACGUGUCCCCUGUGAGCAGGAGUGCUCCCGAGGGGCCCUCCUACUCCGAACAGCUGGCUUCAAAGAGCGGCCCAAACGGGCACACCUAUAACAGAACCAAUCGAUCCCGGAUGCCGAAUCUGAAUGAUCUAAAAGAGACAGCCUUGUAAUUGUGCUCCAGGGACGGGGGAGAAGGCCAGCCCCCGAGGAGGCCGAGGGGAGGCAGGGAUGGGGCACGCGGGACCGGGGCAGCCAGCCCGCCUUUUCAGCCUGGGGAAGCUGUGCAAUAUUGGGGGUGUGGAGCCAUGCUGCCAGGCGCCACAUCGGUUGUCAGGGAUCCUACGGUAGAGGGGCUGGAUUGGGGAUGGCUGCUCCGGAAGGCUCCCUUGAUGGUGGCCUUCGGGAGGAAGUGGUUGCCUGGUUCCCUCCCCUGCCCCGCCCCCCCUUACAUUCCCGCUUGAGUGUGCUCCCUCGGGACGCUGGGAAGCUCGAGCCUGCCUUGGCCUUCCCGGGACGGACAAUCCAGUGUCUCGGCCUACGUCCUCACCACGUGGGCUUGGGGGAAGCCCAGCCCAUCCCUUUCUUGCAAGGGUUAGAAGUCGCAUUGUAUGUCUUCGAUUUGUUUUUUUUAACUCCCAUAUUUGAUAGGAUUUGUAACAUUUAUUUAUGAUUAAUAUUGUACUCUUGCAAUCACACCUUUUAUGUUCGAUAUAGAGUUAUUCCGAGCUGUUUGGAACAUUGUGAAGCAGUGCAGCAGCGACAGUAGUUUGUAUAAAAACUCAACAGUAACAUUCAUAUGUGGCUUCAGGAGUAUUUUAUUCCCUCUAUACACGUAUAUGCUAAAUACCUGUCUGUUUUCUAAAUAUCUUCAUUUAAAGGAAGCAUCCUUAGGACUCCGCCAUAUUUUUAUACAUUGUGAUAUAAAGUGCAGCAUUGCCCUCGUGAUCAGGGAGGCGGCCGGCGGCCACGCCACGAUCCCCUGUGAGCAGCUCCCGGAUCCCCUGUGUUCCGCACCCCCUCGGGGCGCGCUCUGCCGGACGUCGCGGGGUGUAGACCAAAGAGAGGCCGCGGGGGUCCCGCGUGGGGAUGGCGUCCGCUUGUUGGGCGUGCUGCUUGCAGCGAGAGCCCCAGCGCGGCUCCCCCCAUGUGGCCGUGCUUAAGCAGAACGGCAGCGGCCCUCUUUCGUAGGGUCCGGCGCCCUGCGUCUCCCCCUCACUCCGAUGGCGUCCGGGCCUGCGACCUCGUGACUGCACUAGCAAUAACCACCCGAACGCACUCGCCUGUCCAGGCCUCCGUUUCAGCCGUGCUCCCGUGGCAGCCCUUUUGACAACGGCGCCCCCCCCGAAGUCCCUUAAAGAGAAGAGAGCCGCUUGGUCUCCCUGCUCCCCCUCCCAGGCCUGGCUUUGUCAGGGUUUGCUCUGCUCACAGCUCUGAGAGCAUCCCAUCCCCAAUCGGCCUUGACCCAUGACAGCUGUCGGAGGGAAACGCCGCAGGGACCUGACGAUGAUGCGAACUACAAACAGGAGGCUCCGUUUCCCCGGACUCUGACGUGUUAGGUCGUGUGUGCGUCGCCUUCACACUUAGACCAUGCUUCCGUGUGCGCAGACUGUGUGUAGCUCUCAGGGCUUUGUGUUUCAUUUUCAGUAAUAUGGUGGGCCCUAAAGGAAAACUCGAGGUGGGCGUGACGUCAUCCUUGAGGCUGUCUUCUUUGAGAUCCGUUGGCGAUCUCGCAAGCUGUGCUUUUUGCUUCAUUUUUUUCAUUGUUAGAUUUUUCUCUGUUCUUCCAGUUCUGGGCAUUUCAGCUGGCCCUGCAUUGUCUUGAACGGAAUUUUUCCCUCAAAAUUACCCUGUCUUAUGUGAGAAUUAAAAACCUAACAGCAUUUAUCUGAGUGCCUAUGACACUGGUAAUGUGUGUUCAACACCUUGACCACAGGGCUACAGCCCUUCCCAUCACCCCACACUCCUUAUUUGUUAGUGAGCUCGUUUUCAGCAUCGAAAGGACCUCAGCAGUGCCUUUGGCACUUGGAUAGCGUGGGGAGCCCCUUUGGGUUCUCCCGGGCUUUCUCCUCUUGGUGUCCCUUAGAUGGGAACAUUCGCCUAAAGCUGUCCGUCGUCCAUCUUCUUCCAACCGCAAGUAACAGGUGGCUAGGAGUACGUGUAAUAUAUUCCCGGAUCCCAGUUAGAAAACAGGCACUAUUCAGAGCCGUUUGAAACCGAUCUGCUGCCUCGCCUCCUCUUCGAAGCUCUUCAUGGAGCCUUGCCAGGACCCCUAAAUGGAAUCGGUGGCUUGUCAUUCUCGGUCAAGUUUUCUCUCACAUCUGGUUGUUUUAGGGUGGAACUGUUGCUUUUCCCAGCACGUGGUGUGUUUCUCAUUCUCUAAAGGCUUCCUCAUGGGUCCACAGAGACCUACCCCUCGAAAGAAUGUACUAGAGGGAGCCACAGAAGCGGAUGAGUUUGAGGUGGGAUGGAGACCUUCUAAGAAUGAACUAACUUAUAAUUCAAGCUGUCUAGAUCCAGUGAAGUUUAGUCACUGAUGACAAUUUCCAGAAUUGCCUUUUGUAUUAGGGGAAAUAAGAUUUUAGGCACUUAGGGCACUUUUUCUUGUCUACUUUUAUUUUUAACCAUUUUUUUUCUGUGAGAGACUCAAAAUGUACUUUAUUCCCUCAGAUCAUUGAGGCUUGUACUAAGUGUCGUUGGAUAGCCCUUAGAGCCUGAGAUCAUACGAUUACAGAGUUAAGAGCAGGGUCUCUGGUGUUUCUAGACUGAAUUUGCCAAGGUGACCCUCUUCCCUAAGUUAUGGAGUUGACAGUAUGGGUUUAAGGGGCUCCCACUCUCUUCUCAUCAGCACUGCUUUCUGCUUGUUGAAGGGAAGGUCUGUAUUUGGGGCUAGUGAGACCAAAGCGACCUUCUAGGUAGUUUAAGCUCAAAAUUCAUGCAGCCCACCAGCCACCUCGAGAGCGCGCAGCAGCUCGGAAGGUUAGAUUGAUGUGUACUUGCUGUUAUGGAGGACCUGGAGCUGUUAGCAACACUCCACCACAGCCCCGUUGUUUGCUCGUUAAGAAAGAAAAAAAGGAUGCCCGCCAGGCAGACUUGAUGCCUCAAACGUCCUGGCGGUCUGCCUAGCGUUAGAUGUAUUUGUGCCUGUGUUUGUCAUGGAGAAGUCUGGGUCUGACGUGCUCUAGGGCCCAACUGCUCACAGUCUCACCCAAAUAUUCUGAGCUCAGAGUUCUUCUGAUGAGUGGAUAGUGAGAAACGUAAGGGGAAAUUUAUGUCAUGUUAGUACAAACUCAAGGGAGCCAGUUCAGUACAUUCAUAACCUGAAAAUGAGUGAAGAAUUCGGGGGGGGGGGGUCCUCAUUCUCUCUACCUGGCGUCGCUUAUUUAAUUUCAUGGCAUCUACCAUUCUGUAACUUAAAAAAAAAAAUCUUCCAGUCAUGUAUAAAAUGGCCUCAGAUUCAACUUUUUAAGAAAAGAGGAAGAAUUGUUUUCGAGGUUUUGGAAAGAUCUAAUUCUAGCCAAAAGAAGUCUGCAACUAACUAUAUACCAGGAUCCUGAAGGAAGUGGCAACUUUCUCAAAUCUGUUCCUAUAGCUAAUACAGUAAUAUCUGUGUACUCCUCAGAGACGGCCUCCUGAUUUUAUAUCCGGAGAGCCGUCGUGUCCGGCAUGGAUGGAUGUUUAGCAGUAUUACUAAGCUACACAACAACCCCAGCCUCUAUGACGUGAGACACUACCUAGUAGACACAGAUAAGCUCAUUUCCUUGUGCAUUCACACUUAUUUUCUGCAUGAAUCAAUGCAUGAGCCAAGGGAGCUCUCCUGUGGUGUGGACUUCUUUUUGAUAUGCUGGAAGCGAGAGUGAGAUUGUUUAUACAGAUCUCGAGACAGGAGUGGGACCUUUGGAAGACUCUCUGAGGAUGCCUUGUUAGCUUAUUCGAAUGGAGAAUUCAUUUCUUCGGUGGUAGACCUGAAAAUCCUAACGUUGAGUCUCAGAAAGUUUUGGUCCCAGAAACGAUGAGCCAAUGCAAGAAAUACCAGGUUAUAACUGUCCCUCGUUUUUGUAGAUACAACUGUGAUGGAGUAGAGAGGGGAGGGAGUCCGCUGAUUUUGUGCUUAUUUUUCAGUGCUUUUAUGGAAUAUAAGUAACUCCAGAGGCCCCAGGCCAUUGGACGUGCAGAGUACAACAACCAGCCACUGUAUAAAUAUCUUUUCUCUAAAGCUCUGUUCAUCCUUCUGUAAGAUAUUAAUUGUGAGAAUCCUUUCUGAUGUCUGCUUAGUUUCCAUGAGUCAGUCAAUUUACUUGUGUGUUUGCUACAGAAUACCAAGUGUCUUGUUUUCCCAUAGAUUUACCUGUUAGGUUUGGGAUCUUGGGAUAUUUCUGCUGGAAAAGAUAUGUAAUAGUCCCCGUUUUAGAUUUUCGGGGCUCAUAGAACUGAGCUGUAUUAAUUUCUCUGAAGGAGGGGCCACUCCGUAUUUUUUCUACAGGGUUUAGUCUUUUCAGCCCCAUUUGGUCCCCGUGUCUUCCUUCAUAAGAUCUUGCACCUUAAAAUCAGUCUCUUUGUAGUAUUCAGAUUUCAAGUUGCCUUGUUUGCUUCUAUUCCAACACAGUCUAUCCAGGAUACAGAGGCCUUACGUGUUCCUCCAUCCACCCUUUAGUUGUCUCUAUCGGCCGUUGUAUUGCGAUUUCCUCAGGACUUCCUUUGGUUUCAGUGGUCACUUCCGGAAGUUGUGACUCAUUUCAUUUCAGCAGCAGGACCAACUUGUCACGGUGCUUUGCUUCAUUUCAGAUAAGAGCCUUAGGAACACAAAAGGGAACCGAGAUGGUGUGUAUAAACGGGGCGCUUUUGCCCGGUUUGCCAGAGGGUCCAGUGUGUCAAAGCUAUCAGUCACAUGAACCGAGAAAAUGUUCGCUUCUGCAGAAUAAAGCUCUCCGUAGAAACUUAGAAGAUACUCAAAAAAUGGGUAGCGAAGUUCUGUCUUUAUUUUGACAUAGAUUUCAUUAAAGACGCCAACUCCCUUGUGGUCCGUUUGUUCUAUUUCCCUUCCUUUAGGUCUUUUUUAAUUGGGUGGGUGGUUUUAUUUGGGGGGGGGGGGGUUGGAGGAAGGUCGGUUCUUAAUCUUAGUUGAGUCAGACUGCUUGAUGGAAUGAAGGAAUUUUUCACCUAUAAAUCUAGAUGAGCCUAACUAAAAGUUAUCCAAAAAUACUGCCUCCAAGAAUUGCUUUAUGCCAUUGGGAGUUUCUGUUUGUUUUACAUAGAAGAGAAAUUUCAGAACUUUUUCAGGCCCCAAUUGGAACAGUAUAGUGUCUGUGGCAAAAAUCUGGCUCGGGGUGAAUCAAGAACUUUGUUUUGAAGAUGAGACUAAGCCAAAAUGAUAUCAUCCAAAUUUAUGGGUAAACAAUUACUAGAAAUUCUUCAAUGCACAGACUUUAUAAUCAUAACCUAUCCUUUUUACUGUGGAAAGGAGGUGAUGCGGUAUUAAUCUUUUUAAUCCUUGAACCCAAACUGACUUUAACAUGUUGAAUAUUAAAAUACUUCACAAGUUAAUAAACCAUUUGUAAAGUGUUUAUAAAAUCUUUGUAUCAUGUGUUGGUACACCGUAUCAAGUUUUUUCUGGCAUGUAUUCCAUUCUAACUAAUGUAAAAUUUCUAUUGUUGCUGUAAAUAUUAUAAAAAUAUUUAUCCCAUGGUAACCUUAAUUAUCAGCAUGAAAAUGGUUAAUUUUUACUGAGCACAAUGUAUUUUUGAAUGGACCUUCCAAAAAUACGUCUUUAAUAAAAUGCAGAUUUUGCACUAGAAAA